AUGUCAAAAACUCGAGCUUCUAUUUACGUCUAUCUAUCUAUCUAUCUAUCGCGGCCUGUUCAUGUCUAUCUAUCUAUCUCGGCCUGUUCAUAUCUAUCUAUCUAUCUAUCUAUCUAUCUAUCGCGGCCUGUUUAUGUCUAUCUAUCUAUUGCGGCCUGUUCAUGUCAAUCUAUCAAUUUAUCUAUCUAUUUAUCUCGGCCUGUUCAUAUCUAUCUAUCUAUCUAUCUAUCUCGGCCUGUUCAUAUCUAUCUAUCUAUCUAUCUAUCUCGGCCUGUUCAUAUCUAUCUAUCUAUCUAUCUAUAUCUAUCUAUCUCGGCCUGUUCAUAUCUAUCUAUCUAUCUAUCUAUCUAUCUAUCUCGGCCUGUUCAUAUCUAUCUAUCUAUCUAUCUAUCUAUCUAUCUCGGCCUGUUCAUAUCUAUCUAUCUAUAUCUAUCUAUCUAUCAUAUCUAUCUAUCUAUCUAUCUAUCUCGGCUUCAUAUCUAUCUAUCUAUCUAUCUAUCUCAUUUUGUUCAUAUCUAUCUAUUUAUCUAUCUGAAUUUAUCUAUCUAUCUACAUAUUUUAGUUCAUAUUUAUCUAUGA